UCCCGACCGGGACUCCCGCGUCCGUCUCCGUCGUCGAGAGGUCGAGGCGAGAUUUCAGAUUUGAGAUCUCCUUUAUGAAAAUGGCGGACGGCGUAGACAUAGAUCUCUACGCGGAUGAUUUGGAACAAGAUUUUGCUCAGGAAGAUUUUGGAGGCGAUGGUGUAGACUUGUAUGAUGAUGUGAUAGCUGCUCCUCCUGGAGGAGGGGGUGACAACAACACCUCAGCUCGCAGUGAAGGGUCUACUAACAAUGACUCUGGCUCUGGUCCUAACCACACUGGGUCAUUCCACCACAUGAACAAUAGUGUCAACAACAGCUCCAAUGUAGGACGAUACAGACUGUAUGUGGGCAAUCUUACCUGGUGGACGACAGACCAAGAUAUCUCAGAUGCAGUGUCUGCAAUAGGCAUCAAUGACUUUAUUGAAGUGAAGUUCUUUGAAAACCGAGCUAAUGGUCAGUCCAAGGGAUUCUGUGUAAUCACUCUGGGCUCAGAUCAGAGCAUGAGGAUGUGUCUGGACAGAUUGCCUAAGAAAGAACUUCACGGCCAAUGUCCAGUUGUUACAUACCCCAGCAAACAAGCACUCAACCAGUUUGAGUCUCAAUCAAAGACAAGACCUGUGCCUCCGCCUCAGCAGCAGAACAACAGAGGUCAACAGGGGCCCCACCCCAACCACGGGCCCCCACCUCCCAGGAUGAUGAUGGGGCCUCCUCAGAUGCGAGGCAUGAGGCCCCCGCCUGGUAUGCCUGGAGGUCCACCUGGUGGGCCCCGCAUGCCUGGCCCACACAUGGGGCCCCAUGGUCCUCCAGGGCCCCCACCAAACCAAGGACCCCCAGGGUUCCAGCACAACAACUGGAACGGACCCCCUCGACAGAAUGGUCCUCCUCGGCCCCCUGGCCCCCCGCCUGGUCCCCCGCAACAGCGUCCUGGCCCCGGAGGACCCCCUCCCGGCAUGCAGUUCCAGGGUCCACCCCCAGGUCAGGGCCCCCCACGAGGCCCUCCGCCUGGAGCCCAAGGUCCUCCACCAGACCAGCGAGGCCCUCCACCACGCCCAGACUGGAACCGCCCUCCUGGGAUGCAGCAUGGGCCUCCGCCUGGAGCCCCAGGGUUCAACCCCCACCAGGCCAUGCAGGGCCCUCCGCCAGGUCAGCCACCACGUGGACCACCGCCUGUGGGCUCUCAGAUGGGUGGCUUGCCACCUCCAGGACAUGGGCCCCCACCUCAAGGCCCUCAGGGUCCUCCCGCUCCUCAUGUAAACCCAGCCUUCUUCCAGCAGCAGGGAGGCCCUCCACCACACCAACCUCACCCCCAGCCACCUCCUGGACCCCCUCAUGGGCCCCCGGGUCACGGGCCUCCUCACGGAUAUGGUCCUCCUCCUACGUCGAGGCCGACUUACGGAGGGCCGCCUCCAGUAGAGCACAGGCCUGAGGUGCCAGCCAUCAGUGAGGUGGAGUUUGAAGAAGUGAUGGGUCGCAACAGGACUGUGUCCAGCUCUGCGAUCGCUAGGGCCGUCUCUGACGCUGCAGCAGGGGAGUACGCCAGUGCCAUUGAGACUCUGGUGACAGCCAUUUCUCUGAUCAAACAGUCCAAGGUAGCCAAUGACGACCGCUGUAAGAUACUUAUCAGCUCACUACAGGACACCCUGCAUGGAGUGGAGACCAAGAGCUAUGGCUCUUCACGCAGAGAGAGGUCAAGGUCACGAGAUCGCGACCGCAGCCAUCGCAGACGACGUGACAGAUCACGAUCUCGUGAACAUGACUACAGAGAGCGGAGUCGCGAUAGAGAUCGCGACCGUGAUAGGGAGAGGGAACGUGAAAAAGACAGGUACUAUGCAGAGGCGUAUGGUAGGGAGAGAUCUCGUAGCCGAGACAGAGAGAGGGAAUACAGAGGCCACAGUCGGGAAGACAGGUAUAAUCAAUCAAGCACCACUAGAAGAGUGAGGGUAAAGUCGCCAGAUCCAGUUGAUGCAGCUUCUGUCGUCAGCUCUAAAUCUAGGAGUUAUUAUGAAGACCGAUAUAGAGAGCGAGAUCGUGAUCGUGAUCGUGACAGGGAAAGGGACAGGGAACGGGAAAGAGAGAGAGAGACGUCCAGAAGAGAUCCAGAGAGAGAAAGAGAACGUGAUAGAGAGAGAGAACGAAGGGAAGAGAGAGCAGAAUCCUCCCACAGGACUUCUCGUCAUUGAGGUGCUGACUACACAUUUGACCAUCAGUGACGACGAAUGUUAAAUCCCUAAUAUUUUUAUUUGUACUCAUCUACAUUUUGUUAAUGUAACAUUACCUCCAUAAUAAGCACUUCAUUUGUAAUUGUGACUUAGCGUAGACAUUCCCUUCAAUUGCUUGUGGUUCACUGUAACCAUCGAAGGGCAUAUCCGUACUUUGUAAUUAGAUUUUGAUUUGACUUUAGUUUUGUGUAUUAUGUUUAAUAUAAGAUUGGAAUUGA